UUCGUGCUAAACUUCGAAUAAUACCAAAUGCUAAUAAAACAUAUCCAAUAACGAUAUUUUUACUUCAACGAUAUGAUGAUUAUGCAAAUAUUCAAUAUCUCUAUCCGAUUAUUAUGUUUACAAAUUAUCUAAUUCAAAAAUUGAAUUAUCGAAUAACACGUAAAAAUGCAGCUAAAAAAACAAUUAGUGAAAUAAUAUUCAAUGACUCAAAUAAAGAGGAAACAUUAAAAUUAUAUGAAAAUUUUAUUUCAGGCAUGGUAUAA